GGAGAAAGGACUAAAACGUUGAAGCAAGGCCCGAUCCGCAUCGCAGCCCCGAUUUUUAAACUGUGGAUAUCCUCUGGGCUAGAGGCAGCCACAGCCACAAAGGGAAGAAAAGUGAAGGGUGGAGGAAGGACAGGAGUCCAGAUCAUCGGUCUCGCGCGGCCUCACGGUCCUCUGUGCGCCACCACUGGGGGCCCUCGCCAGGUGCUCCUCUUUCUGCCAUCACCGUGGGGGGCGCCGGUCUCUUUCUGCCAUCCCUCUUCCUACCUGUUCAGAUCCCAAGGUAUGUUUGGCGAUAGUCAUCAUUAUCUUCCUUCUUCCGUUCCGUAUCGUUUCCUCUCGGUCGUGUUUCCACAGGGCUGUUUGGCCUUUUCGUUCCCCUUCCCU